CGCUGUAAAAUGGACCCACUAAAGAGGUGUGUGGUUUUUUUUUCAGGGGCUGGAGCGAACCUCACCUGUUGGACUGGCCUUUACCCAUGACUCAGGAGCAGAGUGAAUCACAGCUUGUGGCACCUGAGAGGAGGAGGACAGGCAGCCUUCUCGCCGUAGUAAGGCAGUAGUAAGGCACUGGCGGGUGCUCGGAGGAGACGUCUUCAGACAGCAGGGCUUAAAGAAGCAAUGUAGCUUCCUCUCUGCUGGGAACGGCGUGUUUCUGGCGUCUGGGCACUGAAGAACUCUGUGAUCCAUCUCAGCUGCACGUGCAAAUAUGAAGUUCUUGUGGAUAAUCCCAUUUUUCCUGCUGCAAGACACUGACGCUUUUCUGAUGAAAAACGCUAAAUUCAAGCUGUGUUUACAAGCCAGCCCGACAAAUGAGAAUUUAUCACUGGAGGACUGUAAUCCAGAGUCAGAUUUCCAGGACUGGUCUUGGCAAGGCGAUUCUUUGAUGAAUCGCGGCACGCGGAGCUGCCUCGCUGUGCUGGGGGCUGACAGAGUGCAGACAGUUCUCUGCGGUGGCACCGUCUACACAAGCUGGGACUGCUCAGAUUCACUGCUCUCUCCUCUGGGCAACAGCCAGGACUACCUGAUGGCCAACAGAAAAGGAGUCACUAUUGGUAAUGUGAGAAGCCUCAAGGCCCAGUGGCAGGAUGCUGCAGACAGGAGUGUGUGUGAGGGGAAAGCAGCCGAGGCAGAGCACGACAGGUACUUCUUUGCUGCUCUUGCCAGCACACAUGUGUAUGACCACACAGCGGGCAAUGUGACCCUUGUGCUGGGCAUCGAUCAAGAAGAGCUGGAGCAGCUGCUCUGGUUCUUCCGCACAGAAGACCCAUCAACGUGGAAUUACUCCAUCCUUGCACUUUCCUUUGUGGCCAUGAUUUUGGGUCUUCUCCUCCUGGCCAUUAACGUUAUGCGAAACAGGAAAAGGAAGAUCCACAUGCAAAGCCCCCAGCAAGCCGAGCUGGAGGCCAAGCAAGCCCUGAUGCCUGUGCAGGAAUACAACCCGGCCAAACCGCAGAAACCGGAGCCCCCAGAUCAGAAAUCAGGAGAUGUGAUGGUCCAGUGGAAGGACGGGACCAUCACAUCUCUGUACACUGAGGCAUCCGAGGAUGCCAUAUAACAGCAGCUGAUGUCAAACCAUUCAGGCCCUGUGGAACAUAUUAGAAUGUCUGAAGUCAUAGUGAUGGAAGUUUAAAAAUGCAGUUUAGCCUGGAGAAAGAGAGAAAACGAAAGCAGCAGAGCUGUACCAGCAGCAGCGGCUCUGGACUCAAGGCAAACCCGUGCCUGACCUGUUCCAGCUCCUGAUCUUCACCCACUGCUCCUGGCAGUUCCAUCCUUCUCUCCCACCCCAGCUUCUCCCUCUCCCUUGGAUUCCACAAACGGGUGGGAAUUGAGCCGGGAUAAGAGGUGUGAUGGGGGAACACCUUUCCUUUGGUCAGCCGGGGAACACGCCAUCCCUCCCGCCAGGAAAACAGCCACAGUGAAGAGGAGACACUUCUGUUGUUUUCAGAAAUCUUCUUUAUUAAAAUACUUCCCAAAGUGGUUGAUUGAAAUCCCCUAUUUUGAAUUUA